AUGAAAGAACCUUUUGUUGCUAUUGAAAUAAUCCCUACUACACCUGUUCUCAUUUUGCAUAGUGGUAAUGUUACGACGACAACUAAGCACCGAGUAACAGGUGUACUAAGAAUAGAACUUUCCAAAUCGAUAAAAGUAAAGUCGAUAUCAAUAACUUUUAGUGGAAAAUGUGUUAUAAGUUUUAGUCAUGAGACGGCAGCUCAAAAGAUGAGAUUAACGAAAAAGAUGGAAAAAAAAACCAGAGAUAAAAAAUCAGGAGAUCCACCUCGAAUUCGAAGUAGUAUGAUCAUUUUAAAUCAAACAAUUUCUUUACUUGAAGAUAAUAAUAAAAAAUGGGAACUUAUAAAAGGUGUUAAUGAAUUUCCAUUUUCCUUUGAUUUGCCGACUGAUGUACCACCUUCAAUUACGGAUUAUUUAAAUGGUUAUAUUAGAUAUAAGUUGUCAGCUAUGAUUUUACCAGCUUCAUUAUUGGGAAAAUUAUCACAAGAAAAAGUUGAUUAUAUUCUUAAAAUAAUUCGACCACGAUUAAUGAUUAAUGGAUUAAAAAGAUAUACUGGAAUGAUUGAAGAAAAGAGGAUCAAAUAUGAAUUAGAAGUACCAAAAAUGAUUAUAUUACCAAUGGAUGAUAUGGAUGCAAAAGAAAUCACUAUUAAUGCGAGGUUAAUAGUAAUGAGAGAAAUUGCAAGAAUCAAAACUGUUAGUUUAGAAAUAUCGCAAAUUUCAAAAUAUCUAUUAUCAACUUCAUCUAAUAAAGUUAUAGAAAAAACCUUUAUAACUUAUACCAAACCAGCAUCCUUAAUUGACUUUACUACCGCUCUUCCCUCAAUCACACAAGAUCAUCAUUUGACUUUAACACUUCCUUAUGUAUUGGUCUCUGAACUUUCUCCCGAUAUUUCCUCACAUAACCUUGAAAUUACUCAUAAUUUUCGAAUCACUAUAACUUUUAUGAAUAAUAGUUUAAGUCCUUGUUUCUUAAAUCCGGCAGUUACAGUGGGUUAUGUAUCUACCAAUAAACGAUUGGCUAGAAGUGUUAGUAUUAACGAAAGUCCUACUCAAGAGAUCUUAAAUGAUUUUUAUUAUCGUCGAGGAUCGGAAGGAUGGAUCUUGUAUCUCGUGUCUCUAGUUUCUCUAGUUUCGCUUCUCUAA